AUGCUUCGCACUAGCAUUAUUGUGCGGUGGGUUCCAAAGUACUUUAAGCGAUCUAUUCAAGCACCCCAAAGGCAGCGACGAGGAGGUCCAACAAUUGAAGCGACAUGUGGGAGGGACAAUAAGUCCUACCCAUCCGCUGACGCACGACGUGAAACGGUUUCCGGGCAUGCGAAGAAACAAAAAGCACGGGAUGCAACUGUGAUGGCAAGUAAACAGCGCGUACCACAUCCGAAAGCAUUUUCUCCACAUCGAACCCCAGAGGUUCGGGCGCUUGCAGAAAAGGCAACUACGAUUCUCCGUUGUUUUGAUCAACAAAAACUGGAGGGACAAGUGUUUAGUCGAGGAAUAGGACCCGAUUGCCAUAGCUCUGGACUAUCACCUUCCGCAUUGACGAAGGAUCAUUGCGAGGACGCGCAACUCCGCCGGAGCAAGGGCAGUUUGUGUUUCAUGGGAAAGACAGAGGUACUUGCUGUGCUCAAAGCUGUGCUUCCCCCACCCCCACUCAAUAAUGCGGCGUCUCUUUCCCACGGUGACUGCCAACGGCUAUCAGAGCCGUGUGGGUCGACCCGUAGCCUUUUAGUUGCUAUUCCUGAUGACGAGGCUGCCAAUGUUCAUGGUUACCUACGACGUAUAAGGGGCAAAGCUGAGGACAAGGAGGGAGAUAUUACAAGCAUUGAUAGUGCUGCUGGCGGGACAACUUUGGCUGCGUCUAUGUCGUUGCGCGAUGUGACUAUUUUUUUGCAACUGUACGAAGCCGUGGAGAGUGAGGAUGGUGCACUGCUUCUUCAACUAAUGGGUGUGCUGAGACGCAUUGUGUUUUCAGGUCACGGAUGUGAAUUUAACGAAGGAAGCCCCAAGGACACCGUUGGUGUGGUGUCGCAGCUGCUUGUUGUUCUUUCAAGUCUUGGUCUGGCAGAGGAACACGUCCUUCAGAGGCUAGUAAGUUCCACUGGGCCCUUCCUCACGACUCCCCUAAUCCUUAACAGCAAAGAGUCCAAUCUGAUACAACUCCUUGUGGCACUUCACCGCUUCGGUUUCCACCACGAGAAGUGCUACACGGCUUGUGUAAGGGCAUUGCAGACUGCAGCACAUCGAGAUCCGCUGAACUCUUUCAUUCGGCAUGCACUUCUGAAGCGUGGUAGCAAAGAGCCCGCGCAGCUCUCGAAGGGAGGCAUCAGAAUCCCUCGGUGUUUGAAUGGGCUAACAGUGAGUGAUUUACUCGAGGCACUCUCUGGGAUGGCUCUUAGUUUACACAGACAGAAAGUUGUUGUGGACUUGCUCCUAGCCACGAUAGUCGCUAUCGUACUGAACGAAGAGCUUGCAAUGACAAAUAAACCCCAUCUCCGCAAUCCGGAAAAUAUCGUGACCACUGCCGAUGAACAUGCCUUCAUGCAGGACUGGAUUUCGGCUCGGGCACUACAGGUACAACGUGCAGCUAAAGUAAGCGAACAAAUGGAAUUGCCUCACCCAGUAAUCCCUCAACUCUUCGAGCGACUCGCUGUUCGUUACCGUGGGCUGAUCGUUGAUGGUGGCGAUGGGGAUAUUAGUCCAGAGAAUGUGGGCUUCUACGAUGCCGUCACAGCAGACUUGAUAAAGGUAUCGAGAAGUAAGUGA